AUGUGUGGUUUUGAAUUUUCAAAAAUUAAAGCUAAUGAAAUAGCAGAUGUCGUGAAUAUUCAUAACAAAUUUAAAAAGAAGCGUUUUAGAAGGACAAAAAAACAAUUUGAGUACGAGAAUUCUGAUGAAAUAAAUGAUGACGCAGAAAACAAUUUCAGAAUAUUUUAUUUUAAUGUCAUUGCCGAUGGAGCUAUAUUAUCAUUUAGUGAACCAUUUAAUCAAUUUAAAAUUUAUAGCGACAAUUUCAGUUUUCUAUACAAUAUUGGUGAGCUCCAAAAAAUAACUAAUGAUGACCUUAUGAAGAGUUGCUUAGAUUUACAAAAUUAUCUAAGUGACGGAGAAUUAUAUGAUAUAGUUGCUUCUGAAUUGUAUGAAGAGUUACUAGUUUUUCCUUUUCCUAACAUAGUAAUUUCACUCCGAAUUUUGUUAACCAUACCAAUCACCUCAGCGUCAGCAGAAAGGAGUUUCUCAAAGCUCAAAAUAAUCAAAAAUUACCUAAGAAACACAAUGUCUCAAAAACGAUUGACUGAAUUGGCUACUAUUGCAAUUAAAAAUGAAACAGCAAAUACAUUGAAUUUUAAGGACGUCAUAGAGUUGUUUGCGUCCAAAAAAUCAAGAAAAAAAUUUUAA